AUGUCAAAGAGGGUCAUAAAGAGACCUAUCAGUUGUAGAGAAGAGAAGAGCAGUUUUUGGAGACAUCAUUUGAAUGAAAUAGCAAAUCUGGUUUAUCCUUCAUCAGCUGGUAUCAGAGCCGCAAGGCUUGGGACCCAGAACAACAUGAUGGUUCGUGGUGGACACCGUGGUGGGCGCGGAAAUCAGCGACGUAACCCCCGCAACAUUGAGAAUGAGGAACUCAGGAGGCAAGUCCAGCAACUAACAGAGCGUUUGCAGCGCUUUGAAGCCCGGAGUCGUGAGGAGGACGAUUCAGACUCUGACGACGACAUCGAAAAUCCCUUUCACUUUCGUGCUCCGCCCGAAGAACCAGGUGGUGAGGGCAUGUAUGAUCGUACUGGUCAAUUUGAUAUGAAGGUGGAGAUUCCCGAACUUGAAGGGAAGAUCAAACCAGAGGAGUUUGUCGAUUGGCUUAAUACUGUGGAAAGAGUCUUUGACUACAAAGAGAUGCCAGACCACCGGAAAGUGAAGCUUGUUGCUGUCAAGUUAACAAAAAAAUGCAUCAGCUUGGGAAGUAAAUUUGUGAAUGAGUAUACUGAGGAAUUUGAUUUGUUCAUGAUUUGUUAUGGUAUUGACGAACCGGAGGAGCAAACCAUUGCUCGUUACUUGGGCGAGUUGCGAAAAGAGAUUCAAGAUGUUGUAACUUUGCAGGCAUAUUGGUCUUAUGAUGAUGUUUACAAGCUUUUAGUCAAAGUAGAGAAGCAAAUGAAGCAGAAGGCAAAUCGUACAGUCGAGGGAUUUGGUUUGGGACAUGUGCAAGCUGAUUGCCCAAAUAUAAGCUUUGUUAACUACACAGAAGAGACUUUAUCUUGGGAAGACUCAGUGAAUGAUGAUGACACUCCUAUAUAUGAUGAAUACAAAGAUGAUGAUAAAGGUGUAACAUGGAGUGAUAAAGGGGAAGCUCUAGUCAUUAGACGAAGCAUGAACAAUUCAAAGAUUGAGAACCAUGAUUGGUUGCACCAUAGCAUUUUUCAUAUUAGGUGUACUGCCAGUGGGAAGGUCUGCAAUGUCAUAAUUGAUGGUGGAAGUUGUGAAAAUGUUAUGUCACAAGAAAUGGUUGACAAGCUAAAGCUGAAGGUUGAGAAGCGCCCAACUUCUUACAAGCUUGCCUGGUUCAAGAAAGGCAGUGAGGUAAAUGUUGAUAAGUGUUGUCUAAUUUCAUUUUCUAUUGGUAAAUCAUACCAAGAUGAAGCAUGGUGCGAUGUAGUACCCAUGGAUGCGUGUCAUUUACUACUGGGACGGCCAUGGCAGUAUGAUCGAAAAGCUAUUCAUGACGGAUACAAAAACACUUACACCUUUGUCAAAGAUGGGGUGAAAGUGAUUUUGGGGCCAUCAAGGAGUGAGGCAGUAGCCAAAAGCAAUGCACAGGGGAAAACUACCUUCCUUAGCAUGGCAGAAUUUAUGGAGGAAAUGCAGAUGGAGACUAAUGUAUACACACUAGUGCCUUUGUUCAACGACUUUUAUGAUGUUAUUCCUGAGGAACUUCCAAUUGGUUUGCCACCUAUGAGGGAUACUGAACACCAAAUUGACUUCAUUCCGGGAUCUAAUUUACCCAACAAAGCUGCUUACCGAAUGAGUCCUACUGAGCAUCAUGAGUUGCAAAGGCAAGUCAGGGAGUUAGUGGAGAAAGGUCUAAUCCGAGAGAGCAUGAGUCCUUGUGUUGUCUCAGCUCUUUUGAAUCCAAUGAAAGACGGGACUUUGAGGAUGUGUGUGGACAACAGAGCUAUUAAUAAGAUCACCAUAAGGUACCGGUUUCCAAUUCCUCGUCCGGAUGAUUUGUUUGAUAUGCUAAGUGGCUCUAAGGUGUUUUCCAAGAUUGAUCUUCGAAAUGGGUACCAUCAGAUUAGAGUGAGACCUGAAGAUGAAUGGAAGACAUCCUUCAAGACUAGAGAUGGGUUGUAUGAGUGGCUUGUCAUGCCUUUUGGGUUAUCAAAUGCUCCAAGUACUUUCAUGCGCCUUAUGGUUCACAUACUUCAACAUUUGAUUGGUAGUGUGGUUGUUUAAUUUGAUGAUAUUUUGGUGUACAGUUUAAAUGAAGAGCAGCAUAUUGAACACCUCAGGCAAGUGUUGCAAGUUCUGCGAGAACAAAAGUUGUACGAUUUGAAGAAGUGUGAGUUCUUAACUGAUAUAUUGGUGUUCUUGGGUUAUGUUGUUUCAAAAGAGGGGAUUAAGGUUGAUCCAAGCAAGGUGGAGGCUAAUCGUAAUUGGCCAACUCAUGUUAAUACUCAUGAGGUACGAAGCUUUCAUGGUUUAGCUUCUUUUUACAAGAGUUUUAUCUCAAAUUGUAGCUCAAUCAUAACUCCCCUCACUGAUUUACUGAAGAAAGGUGAGUUUGACUGGAAUAAGGAGGAUGCGAAAGCUUUGAGUUAG